AUGACCAUCACAUCGAUGAAUUUUGUAUUCGUUUUAAUUGGAAUUAUGCAAGCGAUUGAAGUUAAGAAUGUAGAUAGCAAACUUGGAGAACUCUGUCCCGAACUUCAAUUUGAUCCGAAAAUUAUGACAUAUGAAAUAUCAUUCAUUGUAGUUGUGUCAUUAUUAGGAAUUGUCAUGGGAUAUUUAUCAUUUAAUUUAUAUCGUCGAUUCGGUUGGAAAAUUUAUAAAAAGUAUGGAUUUGACAGAUCAAUGCAAAGAUUAGUUUUACCAACGUUUUAUAUAAUGUAUAAAUAUAAAAACAUGGGUCAAAAAUUCCUGAUAUUCGCUAGUUCUGCUAUUUUGAUCUUGGUAUUUUUCUUUGAAGCAUUAGCAUAUAGAUCAAUCAAAAAGGAAUGGAAAGCCGGGAUGACUUCGUUUAUAAUUUUUUGGAUAUUUGCCUUGUUAAAUUUCGCUGGUUUGUAUUAUGGGGUAAUAAAUGCAUCAUUGACGACUUAUUGGUAUAUCGGAUUCGUUGUUGGUUUUGGACGCGGGUUAAAAGAAUAUCUUGAUAAAGAAAGGAAUGAGAAAACACCGAAAGCUUCCGGUUCAAAAUAUCAAAACAUUUGA